AAGGAAGGCAGCACCGAGGUCUGCCGUCUUGGGUUGUGCUUCCUUGCACCAGUAUUUCCACCACGAGGAUGAAGGUUGCCAGCCUCACCGCUCUCCUCGCUCUCCUCCUUUGCCUCAGCCCCGCCACGGGCUUUGGCUACCCGGGCUAUGGCUAUGGCUAUGGUGGCUACGGGGGUUAUGGUGGCUACGGAGGCUACGGAGGCUAUGGGGGCUACGGGGGCUACAGUUUGAUACACCCAGGAAUUGGCGGAUACGGAGGAUUUGGCGGUCUGGGUAUGGGGUAUGGAGGAUUUGGUGGAAUCGGAAUGAUUGGCGGAGGAUUCGGCGGUGGAUUCGGCGGCGGAUUUGGCGGCGGAAUGGGAGGACUUUUCCUGGGUGAAAUCUUUGACGACUUAAUGGAGGAGAUGGAAAACAUGGUAAACGAUGACGAUGAUAACGGUGAUAACGGUGAUAACGGUGAUAACGGUGAUAACGGUGAUAACGGUGAUAACUACGACAACAAUGGCUCCUACUGAGAAGCUGUAAGUCUUCGAACGAACACACUGUCAGCAGCAGAAGAACAUCUAACCUUUGAUCAACAGAACAUCCUCAAGCAAUAUUAUGACAACUUCCUUGCUCCAGUCACAGCCUUAGUCUCUCUCUCUCUCUCCAACAACCCUCGGUGUUUACGGAAUAAAAUCAACGUAAUUUUGUACAACU